UGUAGUAUCGCCACGUGAAGGUCGUGAAAUGACGGACAAUCGUCGCGUGUUUACGCCAACAGCCCUGAUCGGCGCGGCGCGACGCCUCCUCGAGGGACGUCUGUGUGUACGUGCAUGAGCGACGAGCGACACGUGUACAGGGAACGGAGCGGCAGGACGAGGGACGAGCGGCGCGACGAUGAGCUGCAUGGUGGCGUCACGUUUCAGAUUCGCGCGUGUGUGAGAGAGGCGAACACGGAUUUCCAUUUAUCUGUUGUAUCCCUGUGCUGCGAUUUUUCAAAGCGUGCACUUAGAGAAGUACUCUACAAAGCGCGGGAUGCCGAGGCAGCGGAAACAGCUGCUACGAAUGCAACUGGACAUUCGGCGCAUUGGAACGUGACUUUCCAGCCACGUAAGACCGCAAGACAGGAAGCAGGCGCCACGCCGUAUGUAUCACACGUAGCGGGACGAACAACUGUUACCGCCGGCCGCGUGGACCAGAAGUCACGACUCGCUUUGGCUACUGUCUGACGUAAACGACUUUUCUACUAGGUGCCCACGCCUGACACAAUCUGGACUCGUUCUACUCGGCCGGCCACCAAUGCGCCUUUUCCACUGUGCCGCGUUGGCUUUUCCUCGGUCCACUCAAAUGCUCCCUCGUGUGUGCCAGUUACACGUACCUCUUUCUCUGUAUUAAUGUUUAUUAAUUUUAUCAGCACACACGACUUGUAAAACGCGAUAACACAGAGAUACAUAUGUAAAAAAUUAUCAUGUUACAAAAAUAU